AUGCCAAAGGAUGGAGAUAUCCUUAUUGAGACCAUGGUCGUAGACGCACGCUCGUACUUUGAACUCGGCCGCGAAGGAAUGCACGAGGGCUUUAUUAAGAUCAAAGGAACCAUAACAAAUACAAAGACCAUUGUAUUCUUUAACGGCAACAAAGCAUCGUAUAAAGGCCUUCGGUCACAGUUAAUGGCUUUUGUAAACCUCAGACAAAGACAUGACCUAUUUACAAAGUACAUUGUAUCUAUAGACUACUAUAUCAAGCGUUCAAACCCACUUCUCCGAUCUUCCCAUCAUCCCAAUUACCAAUUCUUCCGAAUCACAUUCACUAACACCUCUUAUACAUCCAUUCCUAUCAAUUCGAUCUUCUUUCUGUCAAUAGCCAUGCAAACUUGGUACGUCAACAUCAACUUCGCCCCUCGCGAUGCAUACCUGAGCGACAUUGACCUCCUCCGACUGAUGCAGGAUAAGAUCAGCCAAGGCAGCGUCAGCGUAACACUCUGGUCUGAAAUGCAAGAGUCUCGUUAUUGCUAUUCUAUCAAGGUUACUGGUGAGUUUUACAGCCCUGGAGAGAUACAUAGUGCUGCGUUGAAUAAGGUUUAUCUGUGGAUUCGGUAUUUGGCGUCGGAUCCGCUUCCGUUCUUCCGGAGGGAUGUUUUUUAG